AUGCCAGAACAUCGAUGGAGAGUAAACCAACCCAAAAUGGAGGAAAGAGAUGGCGGUAAUUAUAAUCGAACACCUUCUUUACCAGAUAAUCAACCAAUAUAUCAAAGUUUUACACCAGGACAACCUCAACCUUUUUAUAAUCAACCUAUUUACCCGCAGAAUGAUAACAUGGCUAAUUAUAUGAGAGGUGGCUUGCCUCCACCUGCUAUGGUGCAAAACAAUCCCCAGGUACCACAAGGUAUACAAAGUGGUAUGGGACAAAUGCCGGGGAACUUCAUGCAAAUCAACGAUAAUGGGAAGAUAAUACCAGGGUUUCAGAUGGUACCGUCACAGAGCAUGACGGGAAACCAAAAUCAACCUGGUCCUCAGUUUGGUCAACCUAUUGCCCUGAAAUUACCACAACAAGUACCUGGACCACCAAACUAUCCUAAUCAGGGGUUAGAAACUAAUAUUUCUUCAGAUAUGUCACCUCAAUUUAAGAAGAAAGUUACUAAAAAUAAGACUCCUGUUCCACGGAGAAGAGCUUUGACAGCUUGUAACACUUGUAGAACGAAAAAAGUGAAAUGUGACAACUUAAGACCUCGGUGUGGAGCUUGUGUCAAGAAUGGCAUAGAAACUUGUGAAUAUGUCAAUGAAGACCAAAUUAAAGAGAUUACCAGUUAUGAUUCUAUGUCGAACACUAUUCUUCAACGAUUAGAUAUAAUUAUGGACGAUUUGAAAGUUAUUAAGGAAAAGAACGAAGGUGGUUCUACUAAGAAAGUACCCCAAAAUGUUAGCAAUGGAAGUCCGUUAUGGGAUAUGUCUUUAACUACUAUAUUACAAUGGGAUUAUUUCUCCGAAAAGAUACCUGGAAUAUUAGACGAUUAUAAAGAUAUAGAUCAGAAAUUAUUGAAGGCUUAUGAUGUAAGACCUCCCAAAGAAUUAUCCUUGGUGUUAACAAUGGAACAAAAAUUCAAUAGUCUUCGAUUAAUUGAAUCAGUAUUCUUCAAUUCUUUGAAUCAAUGUAUUAAUUCAUUUUUCAUAAACUGUCAUACAAAAGUACCUGUUCUUGAUGUUUUAGAGUUUAUUGAAUCGAUUGAAUUAUAUAAGAUAUUCCAUAAAUACAUUGGGAAUUUCUCCCUUUUGAGGUUAUCAGAAGAUUUCGAAUUGAUUAAAAUUCAGUCCAAAGAAAUAGGAGAUUUAUAUUUGGAAUUAGUCACUAAACAUCCCGUUGAAGAUUCUCCAUUCAGAAGAAAAGCCUAUUUCAAUCUUUGUAAGAGUAUUCCUUUAAUACCUGUGGUCUGUGCUUUAGGAAUAUUAUCUUCACCUGUCCAAUUAAAUAAUUUUGGAAGUUAUCAAACUUCUUUAGAAGAAAGAAGAGACUUAUCCACUAGUUGUUUAACUAAAGAGAGUAUUAAAUUGAUUCCUGAAGGUAUACCAAAAGAAAGACUCGCCAUUUCUUCAUGGUUAAUUACAUUCUCCCAGACUAUCCUUAUAUUCUGUCCAGGAAUUUAUAAGAGAUUUUCAUUGAAUUCAAUAUUUUAUCAUUUGUUCUUGAGUCAAUUCCAUUUAUAUAUUUUGAAGCCCACAAUAGCUUUUGAAGAGAUCAAUAUAUCUUGUCAACAUAUGAUGCAUUACCUAAAUAAGAAACGAGAUUCUUCAAAUCAAGUUGUUUAUGAAAACGAAAACAAAAGAAGGGUAGUAGAAAGAUUAUUUUGGAGUUGUUUGAAGCUUGAAUGUGAAUUGAAAACUGAAUUAUCACCUAAAAUAUCCACCUCAGGUAUUACCAAUAUCGAACCACCUUGUCAAUUCCCCACUAUUCCGGAAUCAAUCCUUGAAGAUGAAAAUGUCAUUAAUUCCAAACAUAGUAAAGAAUGUCUACAAUUUGCUUCCAAGUUUGAUGAUCAAUAUACUUGGUAUUAUUUCUUAACAGAAAUAGCUAUAAGGAAAGCCGAAAAUGAAACUUUUAAUGAACUUUAUUCCAUAGAUGCUUCAAAAGCUAGAUUAUGGGAUCAACCAAAGUUUUAUGAAGAAACUUUCUGGACAUCUUUUAUCAAAGGUAUUAACCAAUAUAAUGGGAUUAUUAAUUCUUUAAGUCCCAGGAUUCGAAGUUUCGUAUUAGAAGAGGUCGAUACUGAAAAUAUCCUUAAAAGCAUCACCAAAGCUUAUGAGAGACGUAGAAGUAAACAAUUAGGUGAUGAUGAAAUAGCAGCAGAUUUAGACGAAUUCUUGAUUGACAAUAACCUUUUAAUUCAAUCUCAAUCAGAAUCCAUCAUGUAUAUUAAAACCAGGAUUUUAACUUCCAAAUUGAUUUUAUUCCGUCCUAUGAUAUAUUUAAUUCUCAAUAAUAAAAUCCCCAUGCAAGAUUUAAUCGAAGGAGCAUUAGCAGUGUUUAAUGAUUCUCAAGUAACUAAAGAACCUGAAUCCAUUUCCAGUAUUUCUGAUUUAUCUUCUCAUUUAGAUAAUGAAAGGGCAAUGGAUUAUGAUAAGAUCUUAGAAGCUCCAUUAUAUUAUCAAAGAAGUAAUGUAGAUGAAGAUUUCUCCACUUACUUUGUCAAUAAUGAUAUGAAGCCUUCAAAUGGAUCCUUUUUCAGAAUGGACCUUCUCCCCAAUGCUAAGAAACAAAUUAUAAAAUUAUUCUUCAUCCAUUUGAAGACAGUUCCCAAAUUAAAUAUUCCAAAGCUAGGUGCUCACAGACAUCCUGGUCAAUGGUAUUAUUUAAGAAAUCUAUUGAUAGGGAAUUUUUACAUGUUCUUACUUUUCAAGAAAUUACAGGAUUUCCUUGAUAAUUUAAGGACGAAUGCUUCAGCUCAAAAAUUAUUCUUCGGUAAUCCACUUUUUGAAGCUGCAGGAGAUAUUAGUGGUAUCAUUGAAAACUUGUUACCUAGACAGACUAUCAUUUAUACUCUCCAACAUUCUUUAUUGGUGUAUGAUUAUUGGAAAGAUGAAGCUGAGGACUGUAAAAUUUACGCCAGUUUAGUCCGCAGAUGUUUAGAAGCUUUGGAAGAGACUCCUGCUUAG